AUGCUUCCCUAACGUCCAAUGAAGCUCCCGGCAUGCCGCGGGGCGGGGCUUGUCGUUCUCUCCUGAGGGAGAAAUGAAAGCGGCGCAUGCUCCGUAAGCGAAGAGGGGCGGCUCCUUCCUCUUCCUUUUGACUCCAAGGCUUCUGGUUCCAGGCGACGGGGCUUGGUUCUUCUCAACCGUCGAGAUGGCGCGGCAGGGGAGUCGAGGCGGUGCCGAGAGCAAGAAAAUGUAUUGGUAUUUGCCAUUCAUUUCACCUUCUGCAUCCAUGCAUCUCAUGAGCUCGGAGCUCUUCACUCUGACCUAUGGUGCCCUGGUCACUCAGCUGUGUAAAGACUAUGAGAAUGAUGAAGAUGUCAAUAAACAGCUUGACAAAAUGGGCUACAACAUAGGCGUUCGACUUGUUGAAGACUUCCUGGCCCGAUCCAACGUAGGAAGGUGUCACGACUUUCGAGAAACUGCAGAUGUCAUUGCAAAGGUGGCGUUUAAAAUGUACUUGGGUAUCACACCAAGCAUCACAAACUGGAGUCCGGCAGGCGACGAAUUCUCCCUCAUCCUAGAAAACAACCCACUGGUGGACUUUGUGGAGCUGCCUGACAGUCAUUCAUCUCUUAUUUAUUCUAACCUCUUGUGUGGAGUGCUACGGGGAGCCUUGGAAAUGGUUCAGAUGGCUGUGGAUGUCAAAUUUGUCCAGGACACACUGAAAGGAGACGGAGUGACAGAAAUAAGAAUGAAAUUUAUAAGGCGGAUUGAAGACAAUCUCCCUGUAGGAGAAGAGUGAGUCCCGGAGUCGUCCUCAAUCUCCUGAACUGGAAGGAAUUGAGCCAAUGCCAUUUGGCUGGUUCAGAUGCUUUAUUUCCCUAGGAACCAUUUGAAUUCUCCCUGUUAAUUCCACAGAUUUGUAUUAAAAACCUUUGUAAGAUGUAGGACACUUUUCAUACUCAUCAGAGACACUCAUUUCUAUUUUCCACAUUUGGCUCCAUGCAAAUGUACAGAAUACGUCUUGCAGUUUUGAAAGUGAGUAAUCAGAAUUGGUUCCCACCCAGAGAUGCUCCUCUUGUCUUGCAACAUCUGAAAAGCAUCAACAUUGCUUCCUGCUUUUUCCUGCUCAUAGAAGUGAGGUCCAGAAUCGAAAUAUAUAUGUAUAUUGGUGGUAGAUAUCUAUUCCUUUAUUGUGGAAAAAGUGCAGUUAAUAUAAUUUUUAAAAAGUUUGGGUUAUCACUGGUUCUCAGGUUCUCUUUUGCUCUGAAGGAAAUCAUAUGAUUUUACAAGGUUUAAUGUCUCUCACAAAAUAAGGGUGCUUCCAAUUAGGCUGUCAUGUUGGUGCCCUUGAUAUAAUUUUCUCUGGUUGUAUCUCACUGUUAGAUAGCUGAAUUUGUACUUUUGAUGGUACUUUUGUACUGUUUAAAUAAGUAUCAAAGAAAAUUUCCCAGCCAUCAUAAUCUGAGGAUAUUUUGCUUGGAGCUGGCCUGAUUUAUAUAACUUAUUGAUACGUACUUGAAUACAAGCAAGUUUUUGGAAAGAUUCAGGUACCCAAGACUUCUGGGGUAUUGCAACUGGCUGACAUGAUAAGAGGAUACCACUAAGUUAGGUCAGUAGCUGUAUGUUAUCAUGGGAUGCAAGGUUAUGGGUAGAAAACAUUGUUAGUUAGGCUUGUGUGAAUGUAUCCAUGAGCGAAGGCUUUGUGAACUGAAUCACUUAAGAGGGACAUUGGAGAACACUGUAGACUUUUCAAACAGGGAAAGUGAAUGAUAGAAUGCACUCAGGAAUUAAGUAUGUGGCUCCAAUUUCAUUCCACCUGGCUGUGUAUAGAUAGAAGAUCCCAUCUGUGUAUAUCAUAAAACCUAGACCUCUCACCAGGUAACAUAAUUACUACUAAACCUAGCAGAUAUUUCCCCAUGAAAACUGUAGAGAUUCUGUUCAGCGCAUAUAUGCUGAAUUCAUUUAUUAGAAAAUUCCUGCUUUCCUUCAAGUGGCACGAUUAGUAAUGCCUGUACUAUGUUGGAAUGAUGGAAUAUGUUGGGCCAAAGCUGAGAAUGCUGAGUUGAGAAGCAUCAGAAAUUGAGGACAUGUGAACAAUAGAUUUUAUUAGCUGUGUACACACCGUUGCAAGAGCUGUAGGUCACUGCCACAAGAAAACUGAAGAAUAUGUGGCUCUGUAUGCAUUGGGCAUUAUUGAGUAGCUUACUUGACAUACGGGAGAAUGGAACUUGAAUUGCUACAUGUCCCAGACCUUUUCUCAAUAACAUGUUAAUGACAUUUUUUCUAGUUCUCUUUAUGGGUCUUCCAACCUGAAAUUGGCUCUGAAGGUCCUAUUUUGCCCUGAAUCUGACUUUCACCAUGUCUAUGGAGUUAGUAGCAGAAAGAACAGAGGAUGGUAAUUGCUCUGCGUUGCAAGAGUUGCCUAUUGCGGGAUGACCCAUCUAAUGUCUCAGUUGUGUAACUACUUCUGUUCAAAUUAAUCAUUCCUGUUUUUAAAGAUUUCAUUCCUAUGUUUGGAGGAAGGGUCCACUGCCUCCAAAAGAUCUCCCCCCUCCCAUAAUUUCUUCUGUGGUAUUUCAGUGGAGUGAUAGUUGAUGGGCGAAUGGGUGUAAUCUAAAUGUUUUUGUCAUUCAUGCAUAUUCCAUUUGUAAAGCUUUUGAAGGUAACAUUUUGAAACUAACAUUAAAGAUAUUGUAACUGA